CAUUUGUGCUGUUAAGAGCAAAAAAAGCACGGCGUCCCCACUGAUCAUGCAACCGGCUUUCUUCUCACUCAUAUUGAUAGCCGUACAUGUGUCUGUACCGGUGGAUUGUGCACCGGGGCUCCGGGAACCAGAGCAACUUUUACAACAUCAGCAGAGCAGCUUCAACACAGGAGCACACGCGGAUACAUCGGCUGGUAUGGGACGUUUCUACUUGGAACUGAGUGGAUCAAUGAGAAAUGGCAUUCACAGACACUUUCUCGUUAUUUUGCCAGUAAGAACGGAUACAAGCAACUUUGUUUCAUUAUUUGAUUUGAGAAGAAAACGCUUCCUCUGUAUGGACUCAACAGGGGAGCUGUACAACUCCAGACACAGGGAGAAAGAAAACUGUCUCUACCAACGCAUAUGGUUAGAUAUGACGAACCACCACGACAUGUUUUAUUCUACAACUGGGGGCCGGCUGCUCAAACUGGAGGGAGCUGAGCUGCGAGUUGCUCACCAGGAGCCUCCUGAACCCUCCUCCGGCCUGGUCGAGAGGUUCAUGGGUCCCUUGGUAAAGAGACAGAGGAGGAGUGAGGAGGUGAACCCCUCGGAUCCAUUAAGAUCGCAGACGCAUCCCUCACAUCCUGCCAAGGAUCACAAGGAUGCAGAUCACGGGCAGCCUGAACAGGACCAGGCUGGUGCUGUGUCCAAAGAAACCAUCACCUCCUGUGAUGACCCGCUGCGGGUCUUACAGACCAACGGGCCUGCCAGUCCUGUUAAGACGAAUAUUGCAGACCGGGCAGAGCAAAACUAAGGGACUUGGGUUUAAUAAGUGAAAAGUCAAAAGGGGCUGAAAAUCUUUCUGUUUGUUCUGAAAAGUCCCUUUAUGUUUGACUACUUAGUAGAUACUGCAUUUGUGGACUGCAGUUUCAGCGAGAGCCACAGAAUGACUUACAAAGGGCUGCUGGAGUCAAACUGAGACUUUCUUACCCAAGAAAGCAUUAAAAAUUGUACAACUUCUGAGAAAAGAGACAGCGCCUUAUAAAAACCUUGAAUCACAUUUUUAAGAAUGUGAUUUUAUGGUACUAUUAUGCUCGGUAAUGUACUCUUAAAGCGUGUUACAUCACAGCGGCUUGUACAGAUCAUCUGUUUGAAGAGCAGACGAACGAUGAAUUUGGCAACAUUCAACAUAAUCAUGCGGCAAGUUUGGUCCAGCUUUGGUCCUGCUGUCCUUUAACCUCUUUUGGUCAGUUAAAUUUUAAACCUCGGGCCAGAUGUGGCAAUGUUUGUUUUGCAUAUGUAAAAAUGUGUAAUCUGUGAGUAAUUAUGAAUAUUUAUAUAUACAUUUGUUGAUACAUUAAAGCUUCAUGACAGGAGUUUACAAACCAGACAAAAAUAGACCAGUGCAUAAUGAAAAACAAACAAAAAAAUAAUUUGCCGUUUCUAGCUGUAGUAACGUCAUAAGCAGGAUCAAAUAAUGUCAGGUGCCGGACACCAGUAGUCACAGUGAUAAAAAGGUAUUUAUUUAUUGAAAUGUGUUCAAAUGACUUCCUAUUAGACUUCUGUUUUAUUAUUUAUACAUUUCAUGUUGUGUUAUUUCUGAUGUGGAAAAAAUAAACGCGACUAUUCGGUGAUUCUGUCUGAUUUGUCCAUUAUCUAUAAGAGACUCUUUCUUUAGUAGUUGCUUCGAUGAUCAAUUAUAUCAAUAGAUCACUGAUAAAAUUUAGCUAUUUUCCAGCAUAUUGUUGCAUACUAAUGGAAAAAGAAAAAACUAGGAAUGAAUGUGGGUCUUGUGUCUUUUCCUCUCCUCUUAUGUUCACAUUUUUAUUUAAAACAAAAUACCAGUGAGUGCCUUAAGAGUUUGUUUCUGAACAAGUUACGGUUACCAAAGAGUCACUUAAGAAUUACUCGAA